AUGGGGUCGCUGCCCCGGGGUGUCCCCGCUCACCUCGAUCGCUGGCUCCGCCGCUCGGGCCCGGGGGAGGGACGGGGGGGACGCAAGCACCUGGCACAGCCGCCGCCUCUGCAGCCUCCCCGGGCCCCCCGCCCCUCGGCAGGGCGUGCUGGCCCCGGGGUGCCCCCACCCCAAGGUCCCCCACCCCGGGGCCGGGUGUCGGUGACGUCCUGCCUGGCAGGACCCAGCCCUGUCACCCGCAGGACUCUGAGCCCGCGGGGUUUGUGGAUCAAGCUGACCCCACCACGGAGGGACGCUGGGGUCCUGCACCCCCCAGGUGUUUCACAGAGCAGAUGUGUGACCCCCCCAGAUGUGGAGCCCCAGAUGUUCAGGAUUUACUGCUGCGAACCCCCCCGGCAGCGCCCGGGACACGGCAGGAGCGAGGCCCGGCCAUUCCCACCCCUGGCAGGGACAGAGGGCUCGCCCCACCCCGUCCCAGCUCCUCCCAGUCACUCCACUGGUGAGGAAGAUGAGGCCCAUAAGCCUCACCGUGCCCUGGGAGAACAGUCCUUGUCCCCCAGGGUGUCCCUCUGGCUGGCGAGGAUGUCCCUGGGGGCUGGGGGUCCUCCAGAUCCCAAGGAUGGGUGCAAGCAGGGGAAGGAGCUCAGCGGGUCCCGGGGCCGGAUCCUGCCGCCGUCGGGUGUGGAGACCCCCGAGCACGUGCUGGGGGUGGUGGGAGGUCUCCUGGGAGCCUCUGUGGUUGAGGAUGGCCGGACCCCGGGUUAUGAUAACUCUGAGCAGGGACUUUCUCCGCAGGCGCCGGACACAGCCUGA